AUGGCUUCCAAACGACCCUCUGGCCGGUUUUGGAACCAAUUGAAGCAGUCUCGAGCUCAAUUGACCCGGAGUUACUCAGCACCAGUCUCCGGCUCCAUCCCGGCGGCCAAGAAGAAGUAUGUUCCUACAACCGGCACCUAUCCUCAGGGUUUCCGAGCCUCGGGCACCGUGGUCGGCGUGAAGCCCGGCAACACCACCAAGCCCGACCUAGCUUUUAUCACCUCGGACACGCCUUGUGCGGCUGCGGCUGUGUUCACCAAGAACAAGUUCCAGGCCGCGCCAGUUGUCUUCAGCCGGGACCUUCUGAAGAAGAGAAAGAACCAGGGCGUUCAGAGUGUCAUCAUCAACUCGGGCUGUGCCAAUGCCGUCACGGGCAAGGGCGGUCUCGAGGAUGCCGAGAAGAUGGCGAAAGGAGCAGACUCAUGCGUUGGCAGCGAGGAAGCUACCUUGGUUAUGAGCACGGGCGUCAUCGGUCAGCGGUUGCCAAUCAAGAAGAUCGUGGACAACAUCCCCGUCGCACACAGAGCUUUAGGCUCAUCUCAUGACCACUGGAUGGCUUGUGCCAAAGCCAUCUGCACGACGGAUACGUUCCCCAAGCUCAUCUCUAGAUCUUUCAACCUGCCGUCAUCGCCGUCCAUCGAGUAUCGCAUUGCGGGCAUGACGAAAGGCGCUGGCAUGAUCCACCCGAACAUGGCCACGCUGCUUGGUGUCAUUGCAACUGAUGCUCCCAUCUCAUCCGAUGUGCUGCCAGCCCUCUUGAAGCAGGCUGUCGAUCGCUCGUUCAACAGCAUUACCAUUGACGGGGACACCUCUACCAAUGAUACUGUUGCCCUCUUUGCCAACGGCGCUGCUGGUGGAAAGGAAAUUGCCCCGGGAUCACAGGACUAUGAGAAAUUCCAGUCAAUUCUGACCGAAUUCGCGGAGGAUCUUGCCAAGCUCGUCGUCCGUGACGGCGAGGGUGCCACCAAAUUUGUCACCAUCCGCGUGACCGAGUCCGCCACUGAGGAGGGCGCCCGCAAGAUCGCGAGCACCAUCGCCCGGUCCCCGCUUGUCAAGACUGCGCUCUACGGCAAGGAUGCCAACUGGGGCCGCAUUCUGUGCGCCACUGGCUAUUCUCUUAUCACCGAGCCUGGUGUUCCUUCUGCAGAUGUCCCCGAGGUUGCUCCGGAGAAGACUAAUGUGUCGUUCGUUCCUACCGACGGAUCUGCCGAACUGAAGCUUCUGGUCAACGGUGAACCUGAACUGGUUGAUGAGGCUAGGGCUGCAGAGAUUCUUGAGCUUGAGGAUCUCGAGAUCCUUGUGAGACUCGGUACUGGCGACAAGGAGGCUACGUACUGGACCUGCGACUUCAGCCAUGAAUAUGUUGCUUCACCAUCACAAAUUCCGCUGCACUUCUCCCACCAACCGGGCGCAACCACCGGAUUCCCGAUCGUGACAAGACAGCAAUCAGGAACAAUGCCAGCCGCAAAGGCAGAGGAGAAGGGCGAAUCCUCGACAGCGGCAGUAAAGGGUGCCCUCAGCGCUGCCACGAAUGGCUCCCCAAACUAUGAGCUGCCCUGGGUCGAGAAGUACAGACCAGUCUUCCUGGAUGAUGUCGUCGGAAACACGGAAACGAUAGAGCGCCUCAAGAUCAUCGCAAAGGACGGCAACAUGCCCCAUGUCAUCAUCUCUGGCAUGCCCGGUAUCGGAAAGACGACCAGUGUCCUCUGCCUGGCCCGGCAACUGCUCGGCGACUCGUACAAGGAGGCUGUUCUGGAGCUCAAUGCCAGUGAUGAGAGAGGUAUCGACGUGGUGCGGAACCGCAUCAAGGGUUUCGCGCAGAAAAAGGUGACCCUGCCACCUGGCCGACACAAGCUUGUCAUCCUCGAUGAGGCGGACAGCAUGACCUCGGGCGCACAGCAAGCCCUCCGACGGACGAUGGAGAUCUACUCCAACACCACCCGCUUCGCGUUUGCCUGCAACCAGUCCAACAAGAUCAUCGAGCCGCUGCAGUCCCGUUGCGCCAUCCUCCGAUACGCCCGUCUGACCGACGCACAGGUCGUCAAGCGCCUCUUGCAGAUCAUCGAGGCCGAGAAGGUCGAAUACAGCGACGACGGGCUCGCGGCGCUCGUCUUCAGCGCCGAGGGCGACAUGCGCCAGGCCAUCAACAAUCUCCAGUCGACAUAUGCCGGCUUCGGCUUUGUGUCGGGCGACAACGUCUUCAAGGUCGUUGACUCUCCGCACCCGAUCAAGGUGCAGGCCAUGCUCAAGGCGUGCUACGAGGGUAAUGUCGACUCGGCGCUCGACACCCUUCGCGAGCUGUGGAACCUUGGCUACUCGAGCCACGAUAUCAUCUCCACCAUGUUCAAGGUGACCAAGACCAUCCCGACCUUGAGCGAGAAUGCCAAGCUCGAGUUCAUCAAGGAGAUUGGCUUCACGCACAUGAAGAUCCUCGAAGGUGUCCAGACACUACUACAGCUCAGCGGCUGUGUGGUGAGGUUGUGCAAGCUGAACAUGGACCCUAAGAAGUUCGAGGUGUCCAAGAAGUAA